AUACCUUCUUGAUGCAAGACAUCUUCCCAUCUGAGGGCAUCUCUAGGUCUAACCAGCACCAAGAAAAGUCUGUCUGAACUAUUUAAAUUUGUGCUUGAAGUGGGCAAACAUAAUUCAUCACUGUUGCAAGCAAUGUGGUAACAUUUAUCAUUGUGCAUAAAAGCUACAUUACAAGUUUCUUUGAAACAACAUUCAAAAACGCAAGUUUUCAAUUUUGUGGAUUCAGUUACUUCUUCAAAUAUACCUAAAAUCAAGAUUUUUUCAAGUAACAAAAUGUUUACCCAACUGUGAUGUAAUAUUUACUUACCUGCACUUAAAUUUCCUCUAGGUAUACAUCCUGUGAAGGUUUUUUCAUACAGCUGUGGACAUUGAUCUUGAAUCUUUAAGGGAGUUCUAAAGAGUUGACAACAUGUUAAACACGAAGUUAAGACUAUUAAAAAUAGUAAUCGCUGAUAGUCCAUUUUCUACAAAAUAAUUUAAUUGUGAUUUAUAUCGAAAAUAUACAAAAGAACAUACAUUACCACUUAUUUAUAUUAGUAAUCCAAAUAUUGACAAUAAAAUAGGUUUGUUACUCGAAUUCUGGUUUACGGAGUUAUUUAUUAAUUAUUUAAUCAUCGAUAAGUACAUAAGGUAAGUUUUCCUAAAUAAAAACAGAUAACCCAGAAAACCACCUGCCACUGUAAAACGUCAUCUUGACAACUAGAACUAUCAAGCUUCAUGUCAUAUUUCUUCUGUUUAUCAGACUCUUUCAAGGUGCCAUUUAGCCAACCAUCGUUUUUUCUAAUAAUCAAGACCAAAGCAUUAUCUUUAAAAUAAAAUUAUAUACCUAAAACUAUUUUAAUUGAUAACUUUAUGAUGAUUUAUAUAUUUUCGAAAGCACAGAAAACAAUUUAAUCUACUAAAAUUACUAGACACAUAAAGAAAAAAAAAUUGCAUCUUUGUUGUGCAUCUUCUUGUGAAGAACAACAGAGAGGUGAAGUUUGUUUUUAUCGGGAACAAAGAACCUUUGCCAAAAAAAAUAUUCAAACGUAAUUGUGUAGUUUACUAGUCAUUUUUAAACCGAAAGUGUUUUUCAAGGCGGAAAAAUAAGAAAAUAGUGAUAAAAGAAUUGCAUGGAAAUAAGUGAUCAAACAUAUUACUUCCUACUGAGUCUUGUCAUCCUUCCUGUAUAUUUACUGUUUACUUUGUGGAGCUGGUUAGGUUGGGAACUAUUCAAAAAUAAUUAAAAAUGAGCCACGACCAAAAUGCUUCCUUUAGAAACAUGAAAAGGAAUUUAACUUUGGAUUUGAAUCAAAAAAAGUUAAAUCUGCCACCUAAUACGGGACUCUUAUCUUCCCCGGACUUAAACAUGCUUAAAGUAGAUACACCCGAAUUGGAAAAUAUGAUUUUAGCAAAUGGAAUGGCAAAUACACCAACACCGUCAUUGCUGUUUCCAAAAACAGUGACAGCAGAGCAAGAAAGAUUUGCAGGGGGUUUUGUGGAAGCUUUAAGUCAUUUACAUAACAGUAAUUCUCAGCAGGGGUCCGAUAGUAAUUCUAGCACCAUUUAUAAUGAUUCUUACAUUCCUCACAUCAAAGAAGAACCUCAAACAGUUCCCAACAUGAAUCAAACGCCCCCUAUGUCCCCUGUUGAUAUGGAGUACCAGGAGCGCAUGAAGCUGGAAAGGAAGAGGCAAAGAAAUCGCCUGGCGGCCUCAAAGUGCAGGUCCAGGAAGCUAGAAAGGAUAUCAAAGUUAGAGGAUAAGGUAAAGCUGCUUAAAAAUGAGAAUGUUGAACUUGGUUCAAUUGUUAACCAGUUAAAAGAAACUGUAGGGCUUCUUAAACUCGAAGUUUUAGAACAUAAUAAAGCAGGCUGUCAUGUUAUCAUGUAUUAAACAGUCAUUUUUAAAUCUUGUAAUGGUGCUAAGAUAAUAUAUUUUUUUGUCUAAAAAUAUUUGAAUAAUUAGAACCAUAAGUCAUAUUUUUGGUAUUUUUCUUAGUAACUAAUCGCUAUGUGAUUUUUUUACCAGUACCCAGUACUGUACUUACACCAAGUGACAAUAUUUUAUAAAUGUAAUCAUUCUAUUAUUUAUUUAUUACAAUAAUUAUAAACCAUAGAAAAACUCAAAAUAUGUUUGAACAAUUAUUAUUUUCCUAUAAAAUUGUGUAUUGUGCAAAUAAGUCAUAUGAAGGUUGUAGUAUUAAUUUGCAAAUUAUAUUUUUAAUUUUUUUAUAUAAAAAUAGUCUAAUGUUACCAACAGCUGGUGAGCUGUAAUUAUCUGUAUAGUUUUUGGAAAUAUAUAUAUUUACUCAUAAAAAGUGUAAUUUUUGCCAAAUUUCAAUUAGAAUGGUAUUUUUGUUUGUUUAUAACUGGAUUCAGACUUUCAAGUUGUCUAAAUAUUAGAAUGGCUAAUUUAAAUUUUACAUAAUAACAAAAAGUUUAUGAUAGUAUGCCUUUAUAGAUCUAGUACUGAAAUUAAUUUGUUAAGCAAAAAAAAAAGAAAAAAAUUGCAGAUAUCAUGAAACAAUGUUUUAUUGAGUUUCUAAUAUUUCAAAUAAAAAGUUGCCGGUCCGUGGGGCCAGAUUUGGCUUUACGAUAGCGGUCGUUAAGGUGUUAAUAAUAAUCUAAAAGAUAUUACAUGACAUUAUUGGUUACAUGAUAUUAAUGAAAAAUACAGAGAAUUUUUAAAUAAAAUUUUGAAAGUUGUCAAUGAAGUGGCACCAAAAAACAAGAUAAAAUUUUAUUAUAUUAUCAGAACUGGUGGAAUGAUCAGGUUAGAGCUGCUACUAGUGUGAGAGAUAAAAGUUAUAAAACAUUUAUUACUAACAAAUAGGAGGCUUUUAAUAAUUUGCUUGAAGAUAUUAAAUGUUCUUCAAACGCAGCAAUAUUUAAAAGAAAACUGCGUGAGUACUUGCUGACCAAUUGACGUUUUUUUUUCUUCCUUUUAUUAUGUUUUGUAUAGUUGACAUGUAAGUGUACUGUAUCUUAUGUAUUUUUUUAUUGUAUUUUAAAUGUAUGUUGAUUCUAUACUUAUUAAUUUUUUAUAUUUUAAAUGUGAAGAUGUAUUGACAUGUAAAAAAUAGUUUGUUUUUGACUAAAUAAACGAUUUAUAUAUUUUUAUAUGAUAUAUAAAACAUAAUCUUUAAAAAAAUACACCACCUAAUUUAAAGUCGGCAGUUAUGGAGAAAUCUUAUGUCAAGGAAUUAGCUCUAUUAAUAUUUAAAGACUAUUCAGAACAUUUAAAAAACUAUUUAUUUUACAAUGUAUUAAUAAAAGAUUCAACAAAUAUAUUCAUCCUGUAUACUGGGUGCAAAAAUCACAGCAUAUAACUUUAAAAUUACUCUAUUAAAAUAUUUUCAACAUUAUUCUUAUCAUCGGGACUAAAUGGACAAAGGGAAUCCUGCUUUUGAUCAGCUAUCAUCUUCUUCCAUCAAUCGAAAACACAUAUUUUUAGCGUAAUCAUAACUUCCAAAAAAUAUAUAACCUCCCAAUGUAAUCCACAUUACCCUCGGAGCAAAUCCAGCAAAUAAACUAAAAAAAAAAAAAAAAAUAUUAACAAAACAAAUGUAUUGAAUUAAUCAAUUUACCCUCGAAAACCUUCAGUGUGAUAGAUUUGCCUUAAUGUAUUCCUAACAGUCAUUUCACCAGUUCUAACCUUCUUUCUAUCUGCCAACAUUAUUCUAGUUUUAACUACAUCUAGAGGAGUUGUGACGGCUGCGGAGACACCACCUAAAAACACAAGCAAAAAAUUUGAUCAGUUUCUGAUAUUUAUUUAAUCUUAAGAGAGGCAGUCUCUUUUGAAGAGGGUUGAAGUAUAAAAAAGCAAGCCCAUUUAAGUUACAAUAAAUUGUUAAAAAUUACAUUGGUGUGUUUUGAAUGUUGUGCUUAAAUCAAUUUACAGAAGAAUCAAAUAUAAUAUCCAGAGAGUUUGCCAAUCUAAGUAUCUGAGGAAUACAACUGUUAAAAGAACUAUUAAGUCUAUAAAAAGGAAUAUAAAAUAUUUGUGAUUGCCUGGUACUACGAGUAGGAAUAAAAAAGAUAAAUUUUCGGUACAAUUUCAGGCGAAUCAUAUCUUCCAUUAAUAAUAUUAAAAAGUAAGAUCAGGUCUCUAUGAUUUCUUCUGGUUUCCUUUAAAAACUGCUCCAUUGUAGUAUAAUCAUAAAACGUUUGUAAUUUAAAGGCUAUAUACCUAAGAAAAUUGUUCUGAACAUGAUCGAUUAUUAAUUUAUAUGUUACAUGAUGUGGGGACCAUAUAGAAGAGCAAUAAUCGAGGUGACUCCUAACUAAAGUAGAAUAGUUUUAAUAGCAGUAGCGGGUCGUCCUUUUAAUAGAUCCUAACAUUUUAAGACAUUUACUUAUAACUGAAGAGAUGUGGUGGUGAUUAAAGCUAAGAGUUGUGUCGAAAAUAACUCUGAAGAUCUUUAAUUGGAUUAACACUAUAUCUAAAAGUUGACCGUUGAUUGUAUAGUCAAAUAUAGUGGACAGUUGAGAACGAUGGAACCGAAUAAUGAGAAAUUUUUCCACAUUUCAAUCCAUGCCGUUGUAUUUGCACCAAUCUGAUAAUUGAUUAAUGUCAAACUGUAAAUCAAUAGCAUUUUCAAAGUUGUUGACAAUUUGGAAAAAAUUUAGGUCAUCUGCAAAGAGUAAGAAAUUUCUGUGCCGGAAACAUUAAGUCACAUCGUUGACAAAUAAAUUAAAAAGAAGGGGUCCCAGAUGGGAACCUUGGGGAACUUCAGAAGAAACAGUAAUAAUUAGAAUUAUUUUAUUGUCAUUUUUAGUUUUUGAUAUUAGUUUGUUUAAAUUAUUUCUAAAUGUUUUAUAGUGAGUUUGUUUGUUAAUAGAAUAGUUUUUUUGUAGAUAUUUUUUAAGUUUAUCCCUAGUUUUAAUAGAAUUAAUUAAACCAUUUGUUAUCCAUGGCUUUAUUUUUUUAUGGAUUUUAAUUUUAAUAUUUUGAGUGGUUUGACAUGUUUCAAUGAUAUUAAGAUACGUGUCAUAAAAAAGUUGUGUUUCAAUUUCUGGAUUAUUUUCAUUGCAAACACUUUCCCAUUUUAGUUAUAGUUUUAUAUGUAUUGUAGGAACUUGUGUAGUUUUUGGCAGAUUGUGAGAUAUUUAUCAUAAUAGGAUCAUGAUCAGUCAUAUCAUAGCUGAUAACAUAAGAGUUCAUCGACAGAUUUUCAGUCUUAAUAUUGUUUUUUAAGAAUAUAUGAUCCAAGCAUGUUUUACUUUGUGGCCUCGUAAUAGUGUUUAUGUAAGACAUGAUACCAUGGGAGUAAAAAGUUCCUUGGUAAUCAGUAGUUACUUGAUUGGUUACAUUUAGGAGAUCAAUAUUAAUGUCCCCUAUGAAUAUUUCAAUAUUUCUAUUUAGGUGAUUUGGUAUGAAAUUUUCUAAAUUCCUUAUAAAUGCUUGUGCAGAGGUUUGAGGAGACCAGUAUACACCUGUAAUGCCAAUGGUCCGAUGAUUGACUUUUAGAUUUAUUUUAGUGACACAAAUAUCAAAAUAUCCCAGUUUAACUAUAUUUAAUUCUGCGUUUAGAUUUGACCUGACCAAAAUUACAACACCAUCAUUUCUGUUAAUGUUACCAUUGUUAUAGUGGGUGGUGAAGCCAUCUAAGUUAAAUUGAGAAAUAGAUUCUAAUUGGAAACAUUCAGUCAAAACUAUUAUAACACAAUAAUAUUAGGUUUGUUCCAACAACAAUCUUGAAACCAUACACAAACCAGUCCACAACUUAUUGUCGACGACUAAUAGUCGGUGACCAGUCCACGACCUGUCGAUGAUUGGGACUGAAUUCGGAACUUGGUUGUGUUGGAACACAUGUUUCUGUUGUCAGACACACUGGGGUCUAUUCUGUAACAAUUCCUUUAUAUUUUAACGGCCGUUAAAAUAUUGGAGGCCUUUAAAAAUAUUUUCGUAUUUACUAAAUUCGGAUUCCUUUAAAAUACAUUAGAGGACUAUCCUAAAGAAAUCCGUUUAGAUAAUGACAGAAGUAAAUUAGAGAAUACAAAAAUAUUUUUAAAGGCCGCCAAUAUUUUAACGGCCGUUAAAAUAUGAAGGAAUUGUUACAGAAUAGACCCCACUGUAAAUUUUGAAUUUGGUAAAUAAAAAAUUAUAAAACUCAUUAAAAGAUUUAUAAAUUUUGAUUAUUCGAUUGGUUAGUAUAUUAACUUAUUUUAUUUUUUACUGUAUCUAAGUCAGAAUAAUAGUCCUUUUCACUUUCUAGACUCAUUUUACUCAUAAAAUAAUAUACUAUAUAAAUAAUGAUAAUGAAUAAAAACCAAAUUACGAUCGAGACCACGAUCGAUACUAUCAAAACUAAUAUAAUCACGACAUUUCCAGAGUUGGUCGUGAUUUAUUUACGAGUUCACUUUCGUUUUGCGCAUGUCUUGACAAUUCGCUCCUAUUCAGACCCAGGAACUCAUUUGACAGUACAGAAACUGGUUUGUGAUUAGGUUUGAAUAUGUUGGAACACUAGAUUUUUGUACAGUUUUGAGUCUGAGGUUUGUUGGAACACCAAAUCUAGAUUGCGCAGAAUCCCGACAGUACGUAAACCGAUUUGCUAUUGUGUUGGAACAAACCUUUUAUAACUUUCUAGAAAUACUAACUCAUCAAAAUUCUUUUUAAUUUUCCUAAUAUUGAAAUGUAAGACAUUUAGGAGUUUUUCAUUUAUAUUAAUUUUAUUUGUUAUAUUAGCAGCAUCAACGACUUCAUUAAUCGAAUCAAUUUGAAUAGAUUAUUUUCUUGAUUAAUAAUCGUGAACUAUUUGAAUGUGUACAAUUAUUAGUUACGUUAUGUUAUUGAUCUGUAUACUCGGUUUUAUUUUGCAAUACCAUUUGAUGAUAUUUCAAAGAGGGACAAGUCAAAUCCAGUGCAGAAUGGUUGUAGUCGUACUCAGUUUUAUAGAAACCUUGAAAUUUAAAACAUUGGGUAUCUCCAAAUCUUCAUAAACUGGAAGUCUUUCCCAUCCUAUACAUAUUUUUUUCCUUUGUAUCAAUUGUUUGAAUGCAGUUCCUGAACAUUCACAGUAUACAGUAUUGAAGCCUUUUUUCACUUUUCUGAUAUAUGUGGUUUUUAUUUCACGUGUUGUCAUUCUGUUUCACAAUAGACUUGUCAAUUUCUUCUUUGGUCAUAUUCUCCGUAAAAAUGCAGAUUUUCAUUCUGGGUCUUCUCAUUUUUGUCAGAUCUACAUCAUAUGAAUCUUUUAAUUUAUCUUGAACAGCCUUUUCCAGAAUUUCAGCUUCUUUUUUUGUUUGACAGGAAAGUAUAACGGAACCAUUCUUUCCCAUCUUUGUUUCACUCCAACUUUUAAGUCAGUUAGGUUAAUAUUUGUUCCUAAAUCUGUUUUUGUUUUGUUUCCACUUUGUGGUAUUUUCGGUUUAAUAAUAAUUUUUGGAGGGUUAGGUUUUCAUUCAUUGUCUUCUUUUUGUAACUUCACCAUAUCAGCAUAAGAAAUGGUAGGUACAAUAUUUAGCUCUUUUUCUUCAAAUUCAUUAAUUUUCUCUUGAAGCAUUUUUAUUAUUUUAUUUUUACUAUUUAUUAUUUCAUCUUUACUUCUUAUUAUUUCAUCCUUAUCUUCAUUAUUCUUCUUUAGAAAAUCAGUCAAUUCAUAAUUGCUACAUUUUGCACAAUUGAAAUUUCAGAAUUCUAGUGCGUAGUGGUAUACACCUAAUUUCUGUGGUUGAUAAUUCAGAACAUUGGUUGCAGUAUAAUCUUCUGCAUCCAUCACAUUUUUCUUAUAAAAUAAUUUUCUUAUUUUAUAAACUAAAUGUGGGUACGCCACUGGCUAUUCUAUUUGUAUGAUUGCUUAGUAGAAAGUAUUGGUGUUUAUUUUAUUUCACCUAAACUUUUUUGUCAUCUGAUAAGGUUUGGUACUUUUUUGCGUUUUUUGUUUCCUUGGUAGAUUUUAUUUGGCUGAAAUUGCAGAUAAUUAAUGCAUUAAUCUAUGCAGCUGAGACUCACCUAAACAGUUCAUUUACUACACUUUAGUACUAUGACAUUUUAUUUAAUUCACUAGUUUUUUUUUUAACAUUAUAUAGUUUAUAUCCAUAGAAAUAUAGAUUUAUUUAGUGAAACGAACACGUCUUCUCACCUUGAAUUCAAAACACUUUUUCUACAUUCCACAUUUUAUCCGUUAUAUUUUUUAAACCAAAAUUAUUAAAACAAUUCUCAUUGGCUUGAAUGCCAGAUGGGGAUAUUUUUGACUCGAAGACACUAUGAAAAUAUUCAGAAAAAGAGAACAUAUGGUCUGAGAAUCUAAUGCUCUUUUAUCUUGAUACUUAAACAAAGAUGGUAUGGAUUUACUGAUUUUUUAAUUAUUUAAAAAUGACCAAAAAUAGUUUGUAACUGAUUUAAUAUUUGUUUCAGCUCCGUUUACAUAAUUUUUAUAGUUGGUUAAGAUGAGAGUCACUCAGGGCCCAAUACUAAGUCUACUUCCGUUCUAUAAAUCUUUUUGUGAAGACAUAACUUAAAGAACCUAUGAUUUACCCUUUAUUUAUUAAUUUUAAAAUAUACCUGCAAUUGAUCCACACACUGCUACUUCCCACGAUUCAAGAGGUAUAUUGUUUUUAAAAGAUCUCCUAUAACUUUUUUUAAGGUGCUCUAAGAUUGGAAAUUGUAUAACAGAGAAUGGUAUUUCUCUCAAUAUAGUGGAACCAAAACCUCUGUAUAAAC